CUCGUCGAACUCUUAAAAUGAAAUCUUUGUAUAUCCGAAACCGAACCUUUAAAUCCUUGGUUAGAUUCCGAACCGACAACACUGCCUCUGAUAGUUUUUUUUCUUUCCUAAAAGCCUCGUUUCAGCAACCCCACCUCCCUCAUUGUGUUUAAAACAUCUGUCAAAUUUAUUUGUUUUAAGCUCAACCGAUGAAUUUUUUAUAUACAACACUUUACUCUUUGGAUGAUAUUUUACUUGCUCAUCAACAAGAAGCUGCCAAUUGUCAAUCAUUUCUUAGCCGUCCCGUUCGCAAAUUUGUACUUGAAAUCGUUUUAAAGUUGGAACAAGAAGAAAUUCCCCAAACUCCACUUGGAAGAAAUCCUGUUGGAAAAUUGUUAACCUCAGAUUUUAUUCAAUUAGAUCAUCAAAUGCCACCAAUUAAAUUCUGUCGAACUCUUGUAGAGAGAAUUGUUCAAGCUAGCACUUAUACACACCAACCGCCUUCUUUUGUUCAUUCUGAUUGGAGAUUUGCUGAAUUUCCUCCAGCAGCACAAGCAUUAACUAGCGCCUGGGUAGAAUUACUAGCUUCUCGACAUUCACCAGCUGAUAUAAUUGAUGCUCUCGUUCAAUUAGCAAUACGUAGACCAAUAUCUCGACCUCAAGACACUUUAAAUGCUCUAGGUUUACUACUAACAGGAUUGCCCUCAUCUUUUCAGUCCGUCUUUUUGGAUAAAAUUGAGCAAUCUUUUGAUUGGGAACAAAUAUCUAAAAUUAAUUCUGAUCCAUCCCAAUUAUUUGAAUUUCUUUCAAACGAAGUUUAUUUGCAUUCUGAAAGUAAAAUUCUUUCAAUGUUGGCACUUUUUCAUUCAUUUUGUCAGCAUGGAGGGAAUAAUUCUUUAAAUAUUAUACCCGAUUUAAUUGUUCAAAGAUUAUCUAAAAAAGUGAAAAAUGAAGCACAAUUAAUUUAUUUUUUGAGAAUUGUAAUGCCUUAUUUGCAAAGAAUUACAGAAAGGGAAAGACAUAGACACAUGAUUGAGAUUGUAACAAUUUAUAAAGUUCUUGGUAAUUUAACACAAAAAGUUGGAAAAUUAAAAUAUGAAGAUACAAUUUGUGAUUUAUUAUAUCAAUUUAAAUAUAUGUUUGUUGGUUAUACAUUAAAAGAUCAAAUUGAAGAAACUAUAAGUUCUUUUCCUGAAUCUAUGCGUGAAAAACUCAAAUUUCUUUUAACACAUUCUAGUGCUGCUGCAUCAGAAAUACAGCAGCAACAAAUGCAACAAAUUAUUCAGCAACAACAAAUUUUGCAACACCAAUCUUCCUUUGGCAAUUUAUUACCAGGAAUUCCAAAUGCAGCAGCUAUGUUUGCUGUACAUCAACAACAGCAGCAACAGACUGUACUUUUUUUCUUUCCAAAAAUACUUUCACUAAAAAUUAUUUUUAUUUUUCAGCUUCAACAACAAUCUUCUUUUGAUUUACAACAGCAACAACCACCUUCCUCUACCCCAGCACUUGCAGGAAUGCUUAGACGUUUAAGUCAUCCAGAAAGUGAUUCAGCUUCAAUAAUGCAACAAUAUGGAGGUAUUCCAAAUCCUUCUUUAAGCUCUCAUGGAGAACUUGGAAGUAACUUAAAUCUACAACAACAACACCAAAUGUCUUCUUAUCAGCAUCCACAUUUCCCUUCUUCUAGUAAUACAAUAAAUCCAAUGAUGGGAGGAAAUAUUCCUGGUACUUCAAUGUCAUCCUUUACUUCAAUACCUAGUAAUUCAAAUACAAAUCAAGGACUUCAACAACAACAACAAAUUGUUCCUCCCCCACCUCCAUAUUCUCAACAACAAUCAACUUCUAUGGGAAUGAUGCCUACCUCUACUCCCUUCUCUGGUCACCAAAUACCUUCAUCCUCAUCUAGUAAUAUGCAUUACAUGAUGGGACCUGGCCCUUCUAAUUUUGGACAGCAAGGUCCACAACCUUUUAUUAAUUCAAAUCAAAUGACCCCCAACCAAAUGAGUUUUGCUGCUUUUCAACAGCAACAACAACAAAUGUCAGCACAAAUGUCUGCAAGUCAACAUCAUGUUGGUGGUGGUGGGCCUCCUGUUAAUUUAAUGGGUGGAGGACAACAACAAUCAACUGCUGGGGGAGGAGGAAGUCAAUUACCUCCAAAUUUUCCUUCUGGAAGUCAGGGGGGAUUUUAAUAGGAAAAACUUUAUUUUACAAAUUUGUUACACCUUCAAUUUUGUAAAAAAUAUUCAGAGCCUUGAUGGAAAAAAUAUUUUAAACUUUAUUUUUUUAUUUUUCCUUUUUCUAAUAUUUAUUGUUAUACCUCUAUUUUAUUUACCUAUCAGGGGUCUUAGC